GGCAGAGUCUUCCUUCUGUCGAUGCAGCAACCGCUGAUCCCCGAUGACCCUUCACAUCCAUCUCUGCCUCUCAGUCAUUAAUUAAUUCAGUAAAUAUCGGCCAGUCCCCCCCCCCAUAUCAACACACUCGCUAUUUUGGGGGCGAGAGCGCAUAUCCAGACCUUCUUUUUUUCGUCCUUCGUUGCCGUCUUUUCUUCUUCUUUUUUUUUUGCCUUGCCCUGCUUUCACCAUGGCCGCAGCCUUCCGAUGGCUGGUCAACGCGGGCCUGCUGGCCAUCCCCAUUGGAACUUCAAUUGGAGUUCUUGUCGGUCUCGAUGCGCAUCGCGCUGCGACGGGACAACCGCCGUUGUUUGGUUACGAUCCAGGUAAUGCUGGUAUCCCCGGUAUUGGUGCUGGUGGUGGCAGCAGUGGUGGCAGCGAUAGCACCGGCGGCGGCGGUGGUGGAUUUACUGGCGUCCCCAGUAACAACGGCGUCACCACGACUACAUACUGCCAGAAGUCCUACGGUAUCGAACCGCCGUCGAAAGGAGAGGAAUUCAUACUGAACCCAAACCAGUGGGGUGUGACCGCUGGAGAGACAGGAGCACUGUGUAUGAACGUUACUACGUUCAACAACGAGACCUAUCCCACCAAGUACACCGCGCCCGAAUUUUCCGUCACCUGGCAGUAUCCCGUCGGCCCCGAGACGCAGCCUGUGCAUGCGUUCCCCAACGCAGAGAUUGGAGGCAAGACGCUGCCGGUCCUGAUGAGUGAUGUCCAGCACCUCAUGCUCGACCUGGAGUGGACGUACGGGGUGGGCGAUAGUGCCGCCGCGACCACCGAUAUCGCACAGCUCACCGAUCAAUCCGUCAACACCAACGUCGCCAUAGAUAUGUUCUUCGAUAGCGAUAAAGCCAUUUCAGGUAACAGUACCGAGGCCAAAUGCGAAGUCAUGAUCUGGUUCGCGACGGUCGGUGAUGCGGCGCAACCCAUCGGCCUCAAUAAGGGUAUUGUUUCCUCGAAGACCUUGAACGGCACCGUAUUCAAUCUCUACGUCGGAGAGAACGGUCAGAAACAGAACGUGCUCACCUGGGCCACUCAAACCACCACCGAGUCGUUCCACGGCGAUAUCCUGCCUCUCCUGACGGACCUGAUAUCGGCCAAUAAGGCGAAUUACCCGACUACGCAGGACUACCUGGGCCAUCUGAGUUUAGGAUCUGAGGCAUUCUCCUCUAGCUCCAAUGUCACAUUCCACGUGCCCACCUUCGCCAUCCAGGUCGAGACCACGAGCUCAUAAAGAAGUCGAUGAUGUUUUAUUUCUGUGGCAUGACGCAUAU